AUGAACAUGACCAACUCCUCGACGGCGCCGGCUGCGGGCGAAUAUGCCGGAGACGAGGUCUCUGCGAUCGUGCUCGACCCGGGCUACUCGACGACACGCGCUGGCUUCGCGGGCGAGGACGUGCCCAAGAGCGUGUGCCCUUCGUUCUACGGCCAGAGCGACAACGACUCGUACCUGUUCGGCGAGAACGCGAUCCACUCGCCGGUCGGCAACGUCAACAUCAAGAACUACUGGGGCGCAGACGGCAUCGUGGAAGACUGGGACGCGGCGGCGAAGCUGUGGGAGUACUCGAUCACAAGCCGACUGACGGGCGCGAGAGCCGGCGACCCGACACGAAACGGGCUCAACAACGCGCCCGCGAACGGCGAGUCGAUGGAGGUGGAAAUGGAGGGCGUAGAGAACAACGAGAAGCCCAUGGAAGACAGCCCUCUGCUCAUGACGGAGCCGGGGUGGAACAGCGUCAAGGCGCGCGAAAAGUACAUUGAGGUGGCCAUGGAGGACUGGGGCGUGCCGGCGUUUUUCCUGCAAAAGACGGGCGUGCUCGCGGCGUUUGCCUCGGGCAAGGCGUCGGGCAUCAUCAUCGACGUCGGCGCAUCGCACACCAGCGUCACGCCCGUGCUCGACGGCAUGGUGCUGCGCAAGGGCGUGCAGAAGUCGCCGCUCGCAGGCAACUUUGUCAGCCAGCAGAUCCGGCAGACGUUCCAGACGGCGUCGCCGGAGAUUCCCCUCACGCCGCACUACCUGGUCAAGUCCAAGACGCAGGUUGACGCCGGGGCGCCGGCCAGCGCGACGUACAAGACAUUCCCCGUGGAACCCAGCGCGUCGUUUCGGCUCAACGAGGAGGAGCGGGUGCUCACGGAGUUCAAGGAGUCCGUGGUGGAGGUCUGGGCGGGCCCGGGGCGGUUUGGCAACGGGAGCAACGAGGAGCUCGCUCGGAGCGCGCCGGGCAGGCCGUUUGAGAUGCCCGACGGGUGGAACAACGUGUUCGGGGCGGAGCGGUUCCGGGUGGCCGAGGGCCUGUUCGACGCCAGCGCGGCGCUGGCGAGCGAGAGCCAGGCGCGGCCCAAGGACGAGUGGACGAUUCCGCGGCUCGUGCAGGCGGCCGUCAGCCAGGUGGACGCGGACCAGCGGCCGAUGCUGCUGGGCAACAUUGUGGUGACGGGCGGGUCGACGCUGCUGCACAAGUUCACGGAGCGGCUGAACGCCGAGAUCAACGGCGUGUACCCGAGCACGCGCAGCAAGCUGAUUGCGCCGGGCAGCGUGGUCGAGCGCAAGUACGCGGCGUGGAUUGGCGGGUCGAUCCUGGCCAGCCUGGGCAGCUUCCACCAGCUGUGGGUCAGCCGGAAGGAGUACGAGGAGCACGGGGCGGGGAUUGUGGAGAAGCGGUGCAGGUAG